CGAAUCGCCGUUGUCGUCAGGUGACAACAUCCACCAAUUACGUGAAGGUUUUUGUGAACGCGGGGCAGCACUUCCGGUUACUCGUGGAAACGGACCGAGGCCUCUCCAUGCGGUACUGAUCCAGUGGACUUGCAGCUAAAUUCGUAAGAAAUAAAGAAACCCUUCGCACACAAUGGCUGAGAAUGACGAGAGUGAGCUGCUCGACUACGAAGAGGAUGAGGAGCCUCAGGGAGCCCCAGAGAGCGCUGCCCCCGCAGGAAAGAAGGAGGUGAAAGGUUCCUACGUUUCCAUCCACAGCUCAGGCUUCAGAGAUUUUCUCCUGAAGCCCGAGCUGCUCCGCGCCAUCCUCGAUUGCGGUUUUGAGCAUCCGUCUGAAGUCCAGCAUGAGUGCAUUCCACAGGCCAUCCUGGGCAUGGACAUUCUGUGCCAGGCCAAGUCGGGUAUGGGCAAGACCGCUGUGUUCGUGUUGGCCACCCUGCAACAGAUUGAGCCCGUCGACGGGCAGGUGUCCGUGUUAGUCAUGUGCCACACCAGAGAGCUGGCCUUCCAGAUCAGUAAAGAGUACGAGCGUUUCUCCAAAUACAUGCCCACUGUAAAGGCAGCGGUGUUCUUCGGCGGCAUGGCCAUCAAGAACGAUGAAGACGUGCUGAAGAAGAACUGCCCGCACAUCGUGGUGGGAACGCCAGGCCGAAUUCUCGCCCUGAUCCGUAACAAGACCCUGAACCUGAAAAACGUCAAGCAUUUUGUCCUGGACGAGUGUGACAAAAUGCUGGAGCAGCUUGACAUGAGGCGCGACGUUCAGGACAUCUUCAGGAUCACGCCUCACGAGAAGCAGGUCAUGAUGUUCAGCGCAACGCUGAGCAAAGAGAUCCGACCCGUCUGCCGCAAGUUCAUGCAGGAUCCUAUGGAGGUGUUUGUCGACGACGAGACCAAACUCACACUCCAUGGUUUGCAACAGUACUACUGCAAGCUGAAGGACAGCGAGAAAAACCGCAAGCUCUUUGACCUUCUCGAUGUUUUGGAGUUUAACCAAGUGGUGAUCUUUGUCAAGUCAGUCCAGCGGUGUAUUGCUCUGUCUCAGCUUCUGGUGGAGCAGAACUUCCCCGCCAUCGCCAUCCACAGAGGGAUGGCUCAGGAGGAGCGGCUGUCUCGCUAUCAGCAGUUCAAGGACUUCCAGAGGCGGAUCCUGGUGGCCACCAACCUGUUUGGUCGAGGGAUGGACAUUGAGAGGGUGAACAUUGUUUUCAACUACGACAUGCCAGAAGAUUCCGACACAUAUUUGCACAGGGUUGCCCGCGCUGGCAGAUUCGGGACCAAAGGCCUGGCUGUAACCUUUGUGUCCGAUGAGACCGAUGCCAAGACUCUGAACGACGUGCAGGACCGCUUUGAAGUCAACGUGGCUGAGCUGCCAGAUGAGAUUGACAUCUCGUCUUACAUCGAGCAGUCCAGAUGAGUCCUCCAGCCAAACAAGUGUCCUCUACACCCUCUACACUCAGUUUUUUGUGGAAAGAAGGGUUUUAAUUUGUCUUUUAUGGUUUGUUUGGUUGUUUUUUCUUUUGUGCUUGAUUAAAACUUUCUUAUAAGUGGUCUA